AUGGCGUCCUCGACGGGGAGCUUGGAGCACGGGGGGUUCACGUUCACGCCGCCGCCUUUCAUCACCUCGUUCACGGAGCUGCUCUCCGGGGCAGGGGACAUGCUAGGAGCCGGCGGCGCCGACCAGGAGCGGUCGCCGAGGGGGCUGUUCCACCGCGGCGCCAGGGGCGGCAGCGGCGUGGGCGUGCCCAAGUUCAAGUCCGCGCAGCCGCCCAGCCUGCCCAUCUCGCCGCCGCCGAUGUCGCCGUCCUCCUACUUCGCCAUCCCGGCCGGGCUCAGCCCCGCCGAGCUGCUCGACUCGCCCGUCCUGCUCCACUCUUCUGCUAACAUCUUGGCGUCUCCCACCACCGGCGCCAUCCCGGCGCAGAGGUUCGACUGGAAGCAGGCCGCCGAUCUGAUCGCAUCUCAGCAAGACGACAGUCGGGCUGCCGCCAUCGGUGCCUUCAACGACUUCUCCUUCCACACGGCCACCUCCAACGCCAUGCCCGCGCAGACCACGGCCUUCCCUUCCUUCAAGGAACAGCAGCAGCAGCAAGUCGAAGCCGCAGCAACCAAUAAGCAGAGCGUCGUCGUGGCGUCGAGCAACAAGGCGGCGAGCAGCGGUGGCGGGAACAGCAACACCAAGCUGGAGGACGGUUACAACUGGCGCAAGUACGGGCAGAAGCAGGUGAAGGGGAGCGAGAACCCGCGCAGCUACUACAAGUGCACGUACCACAGCUGCUCCAUGAAGAAGAAGGUGGAGCGGUCCCUGGCCGAUGGCCACAUCACGCAGAUCGUGUACAAGGGCGCGCACAACCACCCCAAGCCGCUGUCCACGCGCCGAAACUCCUCCGGCGGCGCCGCGGCGGCGGAGGAGCAGCAGGCCGCCGCCAACAGCCUCUCCGCCGCGGCGGCGGGCUGCGGGCCGGAGCACUCCGGCGCCACCGCCGAGAACUCGUCCGUCACCUUCGGCGACGACGAGGCGGAGAACGCGUCGCAGCGGAGCGACGGCGACGAGCCCGACGCCAAGCGCUGGAAGGAGGAUGGUGAGAACGAGGGCAGCUCUGGCGGCGUCGGCGGCAAGCCGGUGCGCGAGCCCCGGCUGGUGGUGCAGACGCUGAGCGACAUCGACAUCCUGGACGACGGGUUCCGGUGGCGCAAGUACGGGCAGAAGGUGGUGAAGGGGAACCCGAACCCGCGGAGCUACUACAAGUGCACCACGGUGGGGUGCCCCGUGCGGAAGCACGUGGAGCGCGCGUCCCACGACAUGCGCGCCGUGAUCACCACGUACGAGGGCAAGCACAACCACGACGUGCCCGUGGGCCGUGGCGCUGCCAGCCGCGCGGCGGCGGCGGCGGUGGCGCCGACGGGCUCCGGAUCAGCCUUGAUGGCCGCCGGCGGCCAGCUGGGCCAGCAGCUGCAGCAGCAGCCCUACACCCUGGAGAUGCUGAGCGGCGGAGCAUACGGCGGCGGCGGCGGCUACGCGGCCAAGGACGAGCCGCGGGACGACCUGUUCGUCGACUCGCUCCUCUGCUAG